GUCUGGCAACACUAGAAUUCUUGCGAUAGUGGGCAAUAGUUUUGGUUGUUCCUUUUUUCCUACAUUCUUGAGUUUAUUCAUUUGAUCGGAUCGUAACUAAGUAAUUGACUAUGUCACUGAAUCCGCAGUACGAAGAUAUCGGCAAGGGAUUUGUCCAACAAUACUAUAGUAUUUUUGAUGACCCGGCGAAUCGAGCUAACGUGGUUAACUUCUAUAGCGCUACAGAUUCAUUCAUGACCUUCGAAGGCCAUCAAAUUCAGGGAGCACCAAAAAUUUUAGAAAAAGUUCAGAGUCUGAGUUUUCAAAAGAUCAGUCGCGUGAUCACAACUGUUGAUUCGCAGCCCACAUUUGAUGGCGGUGUCCUAAUUAAUGUCCUGGGACGACUUCAGUGCGACGAGGAUCCCCCACAUGCCUAUUCUCAAGUGUUUGUCCUGAAGGCCAAUGCUGGAACCUUUUUUGUUGCUCACGAUAUUUUCCGACUUAACAUACAUAACUCCUAAGCAAAGGAAAAAGAUAUAUAUCUAUAUGCCUAUAUGAUGAGAACGACAACAACAACAACAAUGACAACAAUGAUGAUGACGACGAUGAUGAAGAGGAAGACGAAGACACAUCUCAAAAAGCUUGGAAAGACGAUGUCAUUCGGCGAAAAGUCAAACAGAAAAUCCGUAAAUCAGAGGCGCAGAAUGUUCUCACGUUUAUCAGCAAUGAAAAUCAAACAUAACACACACACACAAACACAAAUAUGAAAUAAACAAAGCAAAAAGUGAAAAGAAAUAAAUUAAAUGCUACUUUUACACAAUUUAAAACAAAACAAAGAAAACAGAAAAAAAAACUAACAAAUCGAGCGUCAAUCUGUUGUUUAUUUUCCAUGUCAACGACUAAUUGAAGCGACCAUCUUUGCUCCAUUUAAACCCUUUUGUUUGAUUUAUAAAAAAAAAAAAAAACAAA